AUGGUGCUCGAAUCCCGUGGAGAAGCAAGGCAUAAUGCAAUGGUAGGGAAACGAGUUCCUCAUCCAGUCUCCACUAAGUUCCACGACCACGAAAUCCUGCCCCCUGCAAAGAGACUCAAGACCUUUGGCAAUGGCGAUGGAGACGACUCGUCGGAGGCAUCGGGAGAUGCAGAUGAACGUGAACCUGGCAGCCCAAUGGGCUUCCGAGACGAGAUCCCAGACUCUGAUGGGAACGAUGAAUCCGCACUCGAUGACCUUUCCGUACCACAUCGAACAACCGAACUGGAAAGCGCUUUGCCUCCCGUGAAGACGGACAAAGAAGCGAUUGAGGAAUAUGAAGCAAUGCGAGCUGCUGAAGCUGUUCCACCAGAUUUGCAAUCCCGCCUCACUCAACAAACUUGGGUGAAGGGUAAGAGCUCGAUUUACGUUGAUGCAUUCAAUCUUGCCCUGGAGACAGUACUGGAGGACGAGGCUCAUCUUUUUGAUGAGAAGGAGUUGGAGGUAUUCACCCAGUGGGGGCUACUCGACUAUGAGGCACAAUACUUAUAUGUCCGUCUCUUCCUGAGGAAAACGUCCGCAUGGCAUCGCAUCAACCGUCUCGGCUACUACAGCGAUAUUGCAAACCUCCCUGAGGCUGCCAGUAUUCUUCAAAGUGAGCGUGCCCUGCCAGAAUCAUCAGCAACGAUUCAGGUGAACCCUGCAGAGUUAGCUCCACCUCAAGAUAAUUUACUUCAGGCUACGUUUAGGUUCGCUGAUUGUUCGGAUGGUACAAUUACGACACUUGAAGAAGCAACAUCUCUUUUGAAUUUAGAAGAAGCCAAGGGCCUUGCCAAAGAAGCCAAGGUCCAGGGCAAGAACAAGAAUGGUCUCCUGAAAGCUCUACUGAAUAUGAGCCAGCGCCAAAGCGGACUUGGCUGGGUCGGCUUGAAGAGAUCUGAAAGUCAAGGCAGUGUCGCUUCGGAAUCAGGAGAAAACGAGGAUAACAUCGACAACUCGAUGUCAGACAUGACCAGAGAUAACCAUUUCCUGCGCAAGAUUCAGGCUAUCACAGGACCUUGUAUCAGGCUGUCGCUUCCUACCCUCAGGCUUUUUGAAAGGGUGCAUCUGGUCUUCUAUCGAUCAACGGAGUGGACGGAUAAGUCCCUGACGACAAUUAUUCUUGCCCGAAUUUCGCGACGCAACUUUCCCGAUUACAUUGUUUCUCGAUCCCAAAACAUAUUUCCUAGCAGGGCGGAGUUGUUGGAAUUUGAGGCAUCACUGCGAACUCAAUUUCGGGUAGACAAUAUCUUGGAGCUCAACGGCAACCCCUCCAAAGCUGGCCUGGAUACGGUGCUCGCAAUUUUCGAAGCCGUAUAUCCACGUUGGAAAAUUCUCUUGGAAGAAGAGCAACGCAAAGAAGAUCGUGUUUACGAAAGCGGCGAAGGAGCCUACCUGCGACGCUUUUCGCCAGCUUGGGUAUAUACACGGAUCAUUCACAAAGGGACUUAUGUCCUUGGUCGCUUCAAGAUGCACGAGCGGGAGCAUGCUGUCACUUCAGAACUCUUAAAUCAGCAUUUGUUUCAUGCAGCAAGAAGGGGUUCGUGGUAUCAACGGAAAGCGCUGCUAGAAGAACACUACAUGUAUGCACUGCAGCCGCCACCAGGGAUAUCCAAUGUAGAGCAGCAGAAAAAGCACUGGAAACGACUCUCUCUUCGCACUUGUGAAGCUGGACUCCAGGAUAAGGACUGUCAUACAAUUUACCAUUACGACUUGCAAAAGCGAAUCCGAAAAUUGGAGAAGACUCUUAAACUUCCUAAACGAGAACAGCACGACUUCGGACACGUUCUGCUUGCCAAACCAAUUGAGGUGACAGUUGAAGGGGUACAGAUCAAGAAAGAAUACCCGCUUAGCAAAAGGCGACAAAGUGAUCAAGGAGAGGAGAAGCAGCGAAGUACGAAAACUCUAUGGGUUGACGAAGCCGAGGGUGGAGGUGAAUGUAGCGUAGAAGCGAUGUGUCUAUCUGAUUAUCGCUCCCGGGGAUUCAAAGGCUACCAUGCAGAAGGGGGUAUUGUGCGGACGCUGUUUGCCUACCUGUUCUACGAUGUUCUAUUCGUCUAUAUUCCAAAUGUCUUCCAAACAGCCUAUCAAACGUGCCCCUUGGAUCUGCACACUGAUGCUUUCUUUCCUUCCAGGGCCUCCGAGAUCAAUCACCGCUUAGUGGAGAUUGAAAAUGGCUCGGCAGCAGAUAUCAUCCGCGCUGUUGAUAGUCGAGAGCGUGAGAAACGUACUUGUGCCAUUGGACUGAAUUGGGACUUUGAGCUCGACGAUCUGCUCCAGAUCGUCGCUUGCUUUGAUGGACAAGCUCUAGCCACGGUGUGUAAAGUCAUGGCGGAGGAAUAUAGAGUCCGUGGUGGUGGCAUGCCGGAUUUGUUCUUGUGGGAUAUAGACAAGAAGCAAGUAAUGUUUUCGGAGGUCAAGAGUGAGAACGAUAGGUUAAGCGACACUCAGAGAUUGUGGAUCCAUGUUCUGACAGGAGCAGGCAUUCGAGUUGAGCUUUGUCAUGCCGUGGCAAAGGAAGUAAGGAUUGUAGCUGCCACUUAG